AUGCACAAGCCAAAGAUCCUCUGCCUGCACGGCUUUGCUGAAUCCGCCUCGGUCUUCCGCAUCCGCACACGCGCGCUGCGCGCUCUCCUCGCACCGCACGCCGAGCUCAUCUACCUGGACGCACCAGUCAACAUUGGCGACCUGCACCUGACCUUUCAAGACACCGCAGACACCCAAGAGGCGCCCGGCGAUUUCACCAACCUGGGCUGGUGGUGGAAGCGCGCCGGCAAGCACAUUGAGCUCCGCGGGCUAGGGCUAAGCCUGGCACUGGUGGCGAAAACAUUGGAGGAGCAAGGCCCGUUCAUCGGCAUCCUGGGGUUCUCGCAGGGCGGCUGUCUCGCUGCCAUCAUAGCUGCGCUACUGCAGCAGCAGCAUGAUCAGAAGCAUAAGAAGCAUGUACAUGGGUUGGCGUUUCCUGUCGAGGUCAGCCAUCCGCCGGUCAAAUUCGUCAUUGUCGCCGGCGCCUUCCCUCUGGACACAGCGGAGCACCAGGCCGUGUAUGGGGAGAAGAUUCAAGCGGCGAGUUUGCAUAUGAUGGGCGCAUACGAUACUGUGGUGGCUGCAGAGUCGUCGCAAAAGCUGAUGCGAUGCUUUGAAGCCCCGCAGGUGUUUGAGUUUGAGGGAGGGCAUUUUAUCCCACAGACUUUGCAGUGCUCUAGGACUGUCAAACGCUUCUUGCGCCCGUUUGUUUCUGGACUUAAUAGUACUGUGUGA